AAAGCAUCUGGAAUCGGAGCAACGAGCCGUUUUAGCCUGUUAGGGAAAGAACGGCGCGGUGGAAAGGACCGUCGUGAAGGAAGCAACCGAUCGGGGCUCACGCCAGCCAAAGACUUCGUUCUGAGCUCAUCUGGGACUCUGAGCAGCGGGCGGUGAGAGAAGGAGGCCAUGUGGACCGCACGCCUGCUAGUCCUCGCCAGCCUCUUUGCACCAGCCGCUCUGGCUCUCAGCAGAGCGCCCGUCCCCAUGGCGGUGGUGAGGAGGGAGUUGUCCUGCGAGAGCUACCCUAUCGAGCUGCGCUGCCCGGGCACCGAUGUCAUCAUGAUCGAGAGCGCCAACUAUGGCCGCACGGACGACAAGAUCUGCGACGCCGACCCCGCGCAGAUGGAGAACACGCGGUGUUAUUUGCCCGAUGCGUACAAGAUCAUGUCUCAAAGGUGUAACAACAGGACUCAGUGCGCUGUUGUGGCCGGACCCGACGUGUUUCCAGAUCCCUGCCCCGGAACCUACAAAUACUUGGAAGUCCAGUACGAAUGCGUGCCCUACAGUAUGUAUCCGCUCAUCCCUAACACUCUAAUCCGUUCUCAAUUCCUCUUAACAACACUGGCUCAUCAGCUGCUCGCUCAUUAG